AUGCCCGGGAAAUGAGAAAAACUGGUGGUGGAGAAUGUGACACUCAACCAUUGACCAACUAUGAAGAAAAUUUGUCAACUUUACUAAGUUCCACAUCAGUUGAAGGUAUUGCUGGCAUCAGUGAUGCAGGACAGGAUUAUACCGUAGAAGAACCAAACUGUGUAACAGAAGAAGUGGUCAUGGACACAGAUGAUUCUCGAGUGCUAAAUGUACAGGAAUCAGGUGAGCCUUCUGCCUCACCAAUUGGUGAUCAAUUUCAUCCAUCGUGUUUAGGCCAUGAAUACUCCAAAGCCUCAGUUUCUAGUACGCAUACAAGAAAAAAACAAAUGACUGCAGAACAUAAUACAACACAACAAGUGUUAAUGCUGCAUGAAAAUCUUAUAGAUGUUGUACAUAAAGUGCCAGCAGCCUUAAAAGACGUGGCUGCAGAAGUACAUGAAGGGAACAAGUCCUUAAAGGAGGUGGUUAAAGAAGUACAGGACUUAAACAAAUCCCUCAAUGUUAUAUCCAAAGGUAUAUGGGAGUUGGUAGAAUGUAUGAAAAAUAAUCAGGCACUAUGAAAUUUAUUUAAAUCUUUCUAAUUAUAAUCUCUAAAAAUAGUUUAAGAAAUUAUAAUAUUUUGUAAUAACAAUUGUAAAUAAGAACAAUAUUGAAACAUUAAAAUGUAACAAUUAUUCAUAUCAUUAAUUUUGCUAUGACUUGCAUAGUAUAUAGUGUAAUUUAAUAACCAAUCUACCUCAUAUAGUCAACUUAUGUUUGGUGUAAAUAUUUACAUGUUUUUUGUAUUAAAGAAUGUUUAUCAAUUGCUAGGUUUAAUUGUUGAGAGUUCAAAGUAGUGACAAUAUGAAAAAAACACCAGAAUAAGAAACAUUUUUAUUGGCAAAAAGAUUAAUGGCAAAGAUAUAAUUAUUUUAUCACAUCCCUAAUAUAUGUUUCACCUCAAAUUGGUCUAAGGGCAACAUAUUGAUGGCCUAUAUCAUUGUUUUGUGUAUAUCAUUUAAACAAAAUUAUAUUAAAUUUUUCCCUUACAUGUAAGGUAUAUUAAACACUGUACUGUAUUGAAAGCAACUUUAUUUUAUAAUUAAAAUAAUUCAAUUUUAAGGCCAAUGCUGUGUAUACACAGCAUUGGCUAACAAACACUGUUAUUUUACAAACCAAAAAUUUACCCAGCCAUAUUAUGUACCACAUUUCUUAGUGUCUAUGAAUAAAUAUUUAUUGAUAUAUUUUUCACACAAAUUUUUGGUCUUUUGUCAGAUGCAUAUAUUUCUCCUCAGGUAUCUGACUUUCCAUAUAAAGUAUAGCAGCAUAAAUAAUAUUUCCAAAUCAGCAGGUACAUGUUUGUAACAGUUUGUUUGUAUAUUUAUGUUUCACUUACAUAUACAGUAUGUGCUAUUGAAUUUAAUAGGUAAAAAUUGAUAGGAUAACUUACAAAUAAAUCUAUGAAUCCAAUUA